AUGGAUCAAAUGAAGGCUCACAUUGCACCAUUGAAGAUCGAAAAGGGCAACUCCAACUUUCACGCCGCCGCAAACCGUUUCUAUUCCCCUCGCCAGAUAACUCCACCAACAACACCUCAUACGACACAGGACGGCGCCAUGGAUCGUUCUGACCCUCCACGGACCGUCUUUCACAACUAUCUUCGCGCAUUCUACCCAUUUCACCCUGCUGGAGACGUCUCUCCGGCAACAGUCACACUCCCUUUAGAUCAAGGCGACAUUAUUCUAGUACACUCUGUACACACCAAUGGCUGGGCCGAUGGAACUCUUCUCGACUCGGGCGCUCGGGGCUGGUUACCCACCAACUACUGCGAGGCGUACGACCAGGUUCCGAUGCGACCAUUGCUGAAGGCAUUGACAGAUUUCUGGGACAUCAUCCGAGGAGGUUGCGGAUCGCCUUUGGUGGACUUUGGCAACCAGGAUCUUGUACGGGGCUUGAUUGCUGGAGUUCGAUUUCUGUUAGAAAAAUCAGAAUGUCUUACCCGCGAUUCAUCCCUGGUGAAAGGCCAAGAAGGCCUCCGUCGGAAUCGCAAAGCACUCUUGGCCGAUCUCUCAUCGCUGGUUCGAACGACGAAGAAAUUUCAGGAGAUUUCCAGCGGACAGCCGAUGGAAGACGAAGUCGAAUACAUGGUGGAUGAGAUGCUGCUCAAGGCUUUCCGAAUCGUCACCCGAGGCGUGCGGUUUCUGGACGUCUGGAACGAGGAGGUAGGCCUCAGCAGGGCGAUUGCUGAGCUCGAGCAGCAGCAAUCCGGCCACGGUGAGAUUCCGCCAACACCAACCUCCGAAACAUUUUCCCCAUCAGAGAGCACACCAUCCGAGAUCGGUACAGAGCGAAACGAGUCCAGACUUCUCAACCGCAGCCGAUUGGAGAGCCGACUGGAGAGCCGAUUGGAUAUGAGUCGGGCAUCAACGCGGAUGGAUGCGUUUGACUCGCAACCCCGCCCCAUGUCCGUCUCGACCAAACGGAUCUCCGUCUCGCACAGGGUGUCUUUUACAGGUCCAGCCGCAGCCGCCGCCCGGAACCCCAACCUAGCGUCCGAACGCCUCACCGCGACAUACGAUGCUUUCCUUGGUGUCUUGGGCUCCUUCAUUGGUCUGCACUUGCAGUCUCGCUCUUCGACAGAGCUUGUUGUGACUACGGAACAAGCCGUCCGGUCAUGUCGCGGUUUGCUCACGGUGAUUGAAGCUGUUUGCGAGCACGACCCACAGGGCAGCGCUCUGCUGGAACAGGCCAAAGAUACCAUGUACGAGCGGCUGUCUGAACUGGUUUUCGCCGCGCGCGACGCCUUCCGCCCUGCUCAGUCGCCAGACGAUGAGCUCGUGUUCAUGCCUGAUGAAGGCAAGCGCCUGGUGGACGCGGCAACCGAUUGCGUGCGAGCUGCUGGCAACUGCAUGGCCAAAGCUCGUGUGGUGCUGGAGCAGAGCGGAGACUUUGAGCUCGUAGCCAACGGCGAAGAAGUGCAGAUUGAUAUUAUUCCACCCGCGCUACCCGAAGAGUCUACCCCACAACCUCCGCGCACGGCCGACGUGGCAGUCGAAGAGACCCGUCCCAAGGAGAUGGCCCGUUUACCCCCACCCCCCCUGCUGAUCCCCCAAUCCAACAACGCUUCCUCACCGUCCACUCCUGGUCUGACAGAAGACAACACCCCCUGCUCCUUCCAAUCACGCCACGAGGUCACUACACCUGUCACUGCGGCGAUCGAACCCUCCUCCUUCCAAUCUUCUAUCCUCUCUCCUAGCUUUGACAAGCUUUCCUUCCCUUCCUCCCCACAAGAUGCCAUUAUCCCGGAUUCAUUCCGUCGUGACAGCCAGGCCAAGUCUGAGGUCAGCGACUCCUUCAGCCGUGGCGUCACGAGCAACGCCAGCAGUUUCACCUACAGCAACCUCCGUGACUCAGAGAUGAGCGGACUGUCUCAGACCUCGACGCGGGCAACCUCACCGGAUAUCGGUAUGGUCCCGUCGCUCAAGGGCAGUGUCAGCCACUCGACCCUGGCGGAAGAGAAUGAGGAGACAGAGGCCAAUGUCUUGGAAAAGACAUAUGCCCACGAGCUGAUCUUCAAGGAUGGCCAGGUGAUGGGCGGUAGCCUCCGGGCUCUGGUGGAGAAACUCACCGCUCACGGUUCGACUCCGGAUGCCAUGUUUGUGUCGACCUUUUACCUCACCUUCCGUCUCUUCGCCUCUCCCAUUGAGUUCGCCGAGGCUCUCGUCGACCGCUUCAACUACAUUGGCGACACUCCCCAUGCCGCCUCGCCGGUCCGCCUUCGUGUGUACAAUGUGCUCAAGGGCUGGCUCGAGUCUCACUGGCGCCACGACUGCGACAACAUCGCGUUGGAUUUCAUCACUAAUUUCUCCAACAAUGCUCUCAUGCAAAACCUGCCAGGCGCGGCGAAGCGUCUCCUCGAGUUGACCGACAAGGUCUCCAAGCUCCAAGGCCCGGUUGUGCCUCGCCUCGUGUCCUCGAUGGGCAAGACAAACACUGCUACCGCGCAGUACGUGCACCCUGACACUCCUGUUCCCGCUCCUAUCUUAGGUAAGAAGGAACUUGGUCUGCUUGGACGAUGGAAGGACGGGAACGGAACCAUCACAAUCCUUGAUUUCGACCCGAUGGAACUCGCUCGUCAGUUCACGAUCAAGGAGUCGCGCAUCUUCUGCGCUAUCUUGCCUGAGGAGCUGCUGGCCACGGAGUGGAUGAAGAAGACUGGCUCGCUCGCUGUCAACGUCCGUGCCAUGUCCACUCUUUCCACCGACCUUGCCCAUCUCGUUGCGGACUCUAUCCUGCAGCUUGAGGAGCCCAAGAAGCGCGCUGCGAUCAUCAAGCACUGGGUCAAGAUUGCGAACAAGUGCCUGGAGCUCAACAACUACGAUUCGCUCAUGGCAAUCAUCUGCUCCCUCAACUCGUCGAUGAUCUCCCGUCUGCGGCGCACCUGGGAGAUUGUCUCGCAAAAGACCAAGACCACUCUCGAAUACCUUCGCGGCAUCGUGGACGUUUCCCGAAACUAUGCGGUGCUCCGUCAGCGCCUGCAAGGGCACGUUCCUCCCUGCCUUCCCUUUGUUGGGACCUACCUUACCGACCUCACAUUUGUGGAUCACGGCAACCAAGCUUUGCGGAGCCUGCCCACCGAAGACGGCGAAAUGGCCGUAAUCAACUUUGACAAGCAUGUCAAGACCGCGCGCAUCAUCAGCGAACUGCAGCGUUUCCAGAUUCCCUACCGCUUGACGGAGGUUCCGGAACUGCAAGCCUGGAUGCAGAGCGAGCUGGUGCGGGUGCGAUCGAACGGCGAGAAGAGCCUGCAGACGUUCUACCGCCGCUCCCUUGUUUUGGAGCCUCGCGAAACUGCCCAGCCGCGCAGCGCGAUUCAACCGGAGUCGAGCUCCUCAUCCUCGUCGCUCCUAGAGAACGCCAAAGACAAAUUCGAUUUCUUAUCGUGGACCAACACCUCGAAGGCCAAGUCGGUCGCGACCAAUGGUUGA